AUGGCCUCGCAGAUACCAGAGCAUGCUCAAAUCCUUGUCGUCGGUGGAGGUCCCUCUGGCAGUUAUACUGCCUCGGCCCUUGCCAGGGAAGGCCUCAACGUCGUUUUAUUGGAGGCUGCCCAGUUCCCUCGGUAUCACAUUGGGGAAAGCCUAAUUCCUUCAGUUCGUCAUUACCUGAGGUUCAUUGAUGCGGAGCAGAAAUUGGUCGAGAUGGGUUUCAAGCACAAGCCCGGAGCUGCGAUAAAGUUUAAUCAAUUUAAACGGGAAGGAUACACGGACUUCAUUGUGCUUGGGCAUACUAACAGUUCAUGGAACGUAGUGCGCUCGACAUUCGACAAGAUGUUGCUUGACCACGCAACAUCCUGCGGAACAAAGGUGUUUGAACAAACGAGUGUGAAAUCCUUCCGCUUCUCCCCAACCGAGUCUUCCAGGCCUGUGGCUGCUGAAUGGUUACGUGCUGCAGAUGGAAAAACCGGAGUGAUUUCAUUCGACUAUCUUGUUGAUGCAUCCGGGCGCUCAGGAUUGAUGUCAACCAAAUACUUACACAACCGUCAUUUUAACGCAUCAUUAAAAAACAUUGCACUGUGGGGUUAUUGGGUGGGAGUCAAUACAUAUGGCACGAAUACCCAAAGAGAGGGUGCCCCUUGGUUUGAGACACUGAGAGAUGAAUCCGGCUGGGCUUGGUUUAUUCCUCUACACGAUGGAACAACUUCCAUUGGCGUCGUUAUGAAUCAAGACAUUCAUAACGAGAAAGUCCGUGCCUUGAAAGGCAAAUCUCUGGAAUAUCGCUAUCGGCUUUCCAUAACCCUAGCUCCAACACUAGUCAAGCUCAUCGGAACUGGAAAGAUGGUACAAAAGGAGACUGCCGGGGGACAACCUGGGCAGCUUGACCUAUUGGUAAGAUCAGCGUCUGACUUCAGCUACUCCGCUUCGAGCUACGGGGGACCUGGCUUUCGUUUGGUCGGGGACGCUGGUGCGUUCAUAGAUCCAUUCUUCUCCUCCGGGAUACACCUCGCAAUGACCUCCGCAUUAUCUGCAGCAGUAUCUAUAUGCGCCGCAGUCCGAGGAGAUUGUUUAGAAGUCGAAGCAGCUGCAUGGCACACGAAGAGGUUUUCUUUGAGUUACACAAGAUUCCAGAUAGUGGUGAUGAGCGCCUAUCAACAGAUACGAACGACGGAUCUUGAUAUCCUGAGCGAUAUUGACGAAGAUAAUUAUGAUCGAGCAUUCGCUGCCAUUCGACCAGUAAUCCAGGGUGCAUCGGAGAUGGGGAGCCGGUUGAGUGAGAAGGAGCUUCAGAGUGCACUGGAGUUCUGCGGCAAGUGCUUCAAUCCCACGUCGCCUGGGCACCUUGCACCCGCUUCGAAAGAAGCUCUUCCAAAAUAUAUGUUCGAUGUUACAGCUCCACUCAUGGAUCCGCACGUUAUUGAAAGCAUUAUCUCGAAGACAUUCGACCAUACGAAUCCGACAGGUGACCAGGACUUCUGUGGACCUGAGGAAGACCUGAAACUCGCUCUGGACCAAAUCAACAGCCGAAGAGUUGUGCAUCGAGAGUAUGCUAUCAAUAAUCUCGAGGCUGAGGACGUGAAUGGAUUUGUGGUGAGGUUACAAAGAGGACAUCUUGGAUUGAUGCGCACGUAGUUGAUUCGGAGGAUGAUUGGUCAGGUUUGUUGUCAACAGAGUACACGGUGUACAUAAUUCAAGGUCACGGUGUACCGCAAGUUAAACCACAAUAAUUGAAAA